AUGUCUUCGCUUCGAGGUGUCUCUCUGAGGUUUUUUCGUCCUACAACACGUAUUCUUCGACCUGCAGUCUUUCUCUCACCUAAUGCCACAUUAUUUAACACCAACCUUUUGAUAUCACGAGGAAUUUCCACUAUUGAACUUCGGCCAUACCAGAAAGAAUGCAUUAAGAAAUGCAUGGACAAGUUUUUAAAAGAGAAAGUCAAACGGCAGAUAGUUUCAUUGCCUGUCGGCAACCUUAUAAAAGAAAUUCCGGAACCAUUUCCUGGGGCCAAUAAGGUUUUAGUAGUUGCUCAUCGACAGGAACUUUUGGAUCAAGCUCAUAAGCAUAUCUCCCAGAGAUUACCCGAUUCUGUUGUUGAAAUAGAUCAAGGGAAUAGACGUGCAGUUGGAUUUGGCGAUAUUAUAAUAGCAAGCGUACAGAGUCUAGUAAGUCAAAAAUCACAGCGUAUGGAAAAGUAUGAUCCAAAACAAUUCAAAGCUAUCAUAAUUGAUGAGGCUCAUCACGCAGCCGCAAUGACAUAUCGUAAGAUUUUUGAAUAUUUUGGAGCUGACUCGGAAGACACACAUUUAUUUGUUUGGGGAUGCUCGGCUACAAUUCGAAGACACGAUGGUCUUGCACUUCAAUCCUUAUUUGAUGAAAUUACUUUUCAUAGAGAUUUCUUGGAUAUGAUACGAGAAAAAUGGCUAUGCAAUAUUAAAGUUACAACAAUAAAAACCGAAAUUGAUCUCAGUAAAGUUAAAACGUUAAAUGGUGACUUUGUGGCGAGUGAUCUUUCCAAAAAGGUGAAUGUCCCAGGGCGAAAUAAAAUCAUUGUAGGAACAUACUUAAAAUAUGCAGCUAAUAGAAAAUCAACCCUGGUUUUCGCGGUAGAUAUUGAGCACAUAAAGCAGUUGACUGAAGAGUUUCGUGGCGCUGGGAUAGAAGCUCAUGGAGUUAGUAGCCAUACGCACAAAAAUGUCAGAUCCCAUCUUCUGAAUGAAUUCAAAGCCGGAAAAUUUCCAGUUUUGGUAGCUUAUUUAGUAAAAAAAAAUUACGAUAUUUCAGGUAUUUUAACAGAGGGUACUGAUAUUCCUAACAUUGAUUGUAUAUUGAUGAGUCGACCUACAAAGUCUGCUGUAUUGUUCCAACAAAUGAUGGGACGUGGAAUGCGCCGUGCCGAAGAAAAAGAGAAUUGUCUCAUUAUAGAUUACGUUGAUUCGUACACCAAGUUUCAUGACGUAAAAACAUUACCAACUUUGUUUGGAUUAUGUCCGGAGGAAGAGCUGGAGAAUCAAGAUCCGUUGGAAUAUGAACCAAAAGAGGAAGAAGGCUUGCAACAUGAAUCUCUGGAAUCACCUGAAUCCCCGGUAUCACCUGAAUUAGAAGAAAAAUUAAAUUCAGGAGAAUUGUUAAAGGAUCUACAAGUCACCGAAUGGGAUAAUCCUUUUGAAUUAUUAGAAGAUUGCUCGGGUGAUGUACCUUUUGGAGAAAUAAGUAUAAAUGCAUGGGUUAAAGUUGGCGCCGAUAUGUAUGUUCUGUCCAUGAGGGGAGGAACAACCCUAAAAUUAGCAAAAAAUGAAAAAAUUGGACUCUAUGAAGCUAAGUUAAAAAUAACAACUCAUAAUUUUCAAAGGCUUUCUCUAUCAUUGCCAAUAACGAGUGAUAAUCUUGAUCAUGCAAUAAAAGCAUGCGAUACUUGGGUAGAAUCGAAUAUGUCUGUACCUACACGAUCACUUGUUCGACGCUCUGCAGCCUGGCGAUCUGAUCCAAUAACUUCGGAACAAAAAAAAGUUUUGAUAAAAAGCGCUUCCAAAAUCGAAAAGUGGACAGACAUCGAGAAAAUAGAUACGCUUACCAAAGGGCAAGCAGCGAACAUGAUUACCUGUUUGAAAGAAGGUGCAGUGGGAAACUGGAAGCGUACGCAAAAACAAAUAGAGAUUCAAAAAAAGAAAGAAAUGAAAGAAAUGAUACGUGUGCAAAAAAUACAAAAAAAGAAAGAAAUCGAGAUUCAAAAAAAGAAAAUCAAAGAAAUGAAGCAUGGUCCAAUAUCGGAAGGUCGAUUGAGCUCAUUACAGUGCUAA